AUGUCAUUGCCUGCUGGUGUAUCUGUAGUGGGGGCUCAUUUAGAUUUAGAUUGGUUAUGUGAGGAGAGAGCUUGAAAGGCCAGCUCAUGUUUAUGCAUGAAUCCCAAAGCAUGCUGCGGUGGUGGAGCCCCGACUUAAAGAGACAGAGCUCAAAUGCAGACACACCUUCUGCUUCUGAGGAUAAGCUUUCAUUUGAAGCCAUGGCACUAUCAGAUAGAAUUUAAUAAGCACGUARCGGUAAGGUUGUUUGUGCCAUUUUUUUUCGAUCCAUGAUUUUUUUUCUUGUACAUAUCUGUCCUUCUUUUAAUUGAAACAAAAUUCAAAUUUAGCUUUAAUAAAAGUCAGUGUCACCAUUCACUGCCUAACUGCGUUGCAGACUGUCGCCCUGGUGUCUCCCACAGCUGAUACAUCGCUUCCCCUAUUACACUCACUCAUACCUCAAUAGUAAUCAGUAAAUGUCUCUGCAGAAGAGUUUGUUCAGCACUUCAUCAGGUAUAAAGUGGUUUUUAUUUGGAAAUGUGGUCCCUAUCCAUCUUUUAAAUGACUUUUUAAUGGUCGUCACACCAUCCCAAUCAAUCAUGUUGUAGAGCUAGCCUGCAAGCGCAAAUACACUAUUUAUAAUUCCUCCAUUCUGCUUAAAAACUGACACUGCACCUUUGUAGAAAUAAAAAAGGAAUAGCAGUUUUUAUUAUUAUUAUUUCUGCUUCUCUUUUACUUAUCUAUUAGUUCUAUAAAAACUAUGCUGGUUCUUCUCAAAAGUAGGAGAGGACAACUUACAUAUUUUUGUUGUGGCCCACACUUUGUGACCCUUUUCCAUGCCUCCCACUACGCUAAACCAGGCCCCCCAUUACCCCACUGGCAGGCGGCCACAGAACUUUACAUGUAUAAUGAGAUACAAAUACGCAUCAGCAGGAGAGUGUCUAUGCCACGCGUCUCUGUGUGAAUAUUACUCACACUUAUUAGCUGGAUUAUGUUAAUCUUUACACUCUUUGCUCACAGACAACAGACCCUCCGUGAUAUUGGGAAUGGGGUGCGGGGUGGUCUUCCCAGUGAGCGCGUGUUGCAGUGUGUUUACGUGUGUGCAUGACUGUAUGUAUGUGAGAGUGACUGCCAUGUUGCCAAACUGAUCUCCAUUCAAAAAGGGCAGUCUAAUUAUAUCACUUAUGCACAUGAGGAAUGCACACUGACAUCCGCAUACAAGCCAAACAUGGACAUCUUGGACACCUUGGACAAAAAGAAUCUGCGAGCUUAGGAUGAAUUUCCUCCUUUGCGAAUGCAUACUCCCCAGUUUGUACAUACUUAACAUUUCUUGUCCUUUUCUACUUCUGUUUCACACCUGUAAACAAACCAUUUUAUACUCAUGUACUCAAACCAUGCAGCRUGAGUUUAUUUCUCUUUGUAGUUAGACAUUUUAAAUUACGAAAUGUAUAGGAAUUCUCAAAUUUACUGUAUAACUUACAUGUUUAUUUUCUGAAAAAAAGCCUAUUACACAAUAUUUUGGCUUAUUUUGAUUGCGAUUCCCACUUGGGCCUCAUCGUUCUUCUAAAAUAUUUUAUACUCUGGUAGUUUUGACCAUUUUAAACCCGACUUAUUAGUUAUGAAAUAGAGUCAUCUUCUGGGGGAAGUUUUACAUCAACAACACAUCAGUGUGUACCUAUAUAGGAGGUGAUUUGUACUCCCUUUGACAACCAAUAAAUAUACAGUCAAAAUAUUAUGUCUUUUCAACUCAAACUGUGGUAAAAUAAUGACAUGAGUCCAAUUAAGAAUAUUUACUAGCAGUAAAUUUACUUGCCUAAACCUCCCUUGGUUUGAUUAGUGGUCAUAAUCUGUCAUAUUUAAUCAAAUUCAACAGGGAACACUUGGGUGAAAACCACAAGAAAUAUAAAGAGUGGUGUCACUAUAUUCUCAUUCCAUUUUAAAAAUAAAAGUGUAUGAGAUAAUGUGAAAUAUGAGUCUUUUUUAUGACCAUUUCUCAUCAUAAUUUCACAAAAUACUUUACAGCUUUAAAAUGUAUUACACAACAUAAUUUCCACAUAUGAAUUUGUUACAGAAAUGAGAAAGCGCAGAAUAGCAAUGUGUGUAAAAAAUGGGGAUAUGACUUGGGAAAUGGGUGAGUUGACCUGAAGCCACUGACAAAACCAAAAGCCUAAGCAAUAAUGCUUGUAUAUUUUAAUUACUGCGGUCACAAUGACCAUAUUUUACAGUAGUAGGCUAUUAGUAGAGACUAGAAACAUAGUUUAAAUCAUCUGUUGUCAAACUAGUUACACGAAAUGUCCGCCUGGUGGUUCCAAAUAGAUGCAUGGUUUGUAUGAGAUGUCCAGGUGCAGACGGCUCCAUUUCAUACCUGAGAAAUUCUUCCACCAAAAAUACAACAGUAGGAAAACAUGAAGGGCAAUAUGACAACAUUGGACAAAGUGGCACACCCUCUCACUAAGCAAUGCAUGACAUGUCACAAUUUUUCACAGCUUUUACAUAAUACACAGUAUUUGCACUUUUGCAUAGUCAACUGAAGAAGGAGACUGGUCAAGCUUCCAGAGGAUUAUAGCCCACUUUCAAUGACUGUUACUGGAAAGUGUCCAAGUGCAUAUCCUCUGAUUAGUCCUUUUUCAGACUGAUACAUUGAUAGUAUCCCUGUUGGCAUGAUUGAUUGAGCCUGACACAUUUUAAUUACGUUCAAAUUAAAUGAAUCGGCUGGCAGACUAUAAAACAUUGCUGUUUAAUAACGAGSCCGACUAUUUUCCUUUUUUUUCACCCCCUUCCUUCUUGCAAUCCCAUUUUGUUGGCCCGCRCCAAAUAACCUCUCUCCAUUUAAUGAUAUGCAAAUGAAUUUUCAUGAACCCCAUGAUCCUAUGCGAUGAUUAAACUGAGAUGACAUUAGCUGCCAUGCUGCUGCCACUGUCAGUGUUUCUGUCUGCCUCCUUUUCUUUCCCCCUAUCUCUACCAUCUCUCUCCGUAUCCAGCCAACUGGUGAUAUUAAGAGGUUCAUUGUCAUGAUUCCCUUGAGAAUUUUCUUUGUGAGAGAUGACAUUCUGAAUAUCCAGUGUUGUUUCAGGGAAGUUUUCCCCUUGGCAGCAGCUAUGGAGCUUCAUCGCGUGAGGUGUUUGCUCUCAGACAACAUGUGGUAGUAGCGCAAGCACUGAAGAAAUCCGUGUUAGAACGMCACACAAUUACUGCAACACAGUAACAUGAGAAGAACAUUUUUGKAGGUUUUCACAUGUUUUCCAUUUCCAGCUUUCCAGCACUACCAUCACUCCUUUUCAGUCCGUAUCCAACUCCACCUCUGCUGUCGCUUAUUGUACUCCAUUUGCAUAAUGAAGCCCAGGCUUAAUUAAGAUCCCACUGGAGUCUGGAGCCAAGGAUGAAGAAAAGACGGAUCGAGGAAGAGUGGAGGGAGGUGGGGGCUGGGAUCAAGCGUUCCUUGGCUUAUCCGCACGUGUCCAAAUAGGAGGCGCAAUUUAAGGGGCGCGGGGGGAGAGCGCUGACGAGCGAUUAAAUCACUAAUUAUGAUCGGCUGUUAGAAUUAGUGUGUGGCUGUUAAUUAGCUGCAGAUGAGAUGCCCAGGCUGUUGCCCGCCCUUGAUGACUCCAGCAGCAUCCUCCCUGGAUGGCAGUGGAGAAACACAGCUUGACACCCUGGAGAUGAUGCCAACACAUCCCUCCCUUUUACASAUAUAGCAUUCUGAGGGGAUUUCCCUUUAAGAACAUCCCAGGUGUGCAAGAGCAGGAAAGAGGCUCUUCAUCAUCUCCGUCCACCCACUCCCACUGUUCUUCGUUAAGCACAAAUUCCUUCCACAUCCUUUACUUCUUUUGCUCAUUAUUUCUCUUCCUCUCUAAGUAAAAAUUCACUUCUCUUCAUUCCAUGUAAUGUCCAGCAACUUUCCCUUCAGUGSAGCAGCUGGCACAAGGUCGAGUUGGCAUCAAGGCAAUGAGCCACACACUCACAAAAGCUCCAUUUGUGAGUGUAGUUGUACCACGUUGUUACUAUUUUUGGGCUGCAAUUCUCCACUUGCUAGUAUAGCUUUUGACAGCGCCCGUAAAUGCCUCGUGGUUUUUGCUUGGCGUGAUGCCAUCUAUCUUUUUAGCCUUUUCUUUGAAGUAAUGUUUUUGCCAAAAAAUAUCCAAGGCAUUUGAAAUGUUCCGCUCAACAUAUGGAUGUUUCUGUUUACAAAUGCGUUGCCUUGGCAGCAUGCCACCUUUCUUCUAUUGCCCCGAAACCGCCAAAAGAUGCCAUCACAACCGCUGGCAACCGUUGCCCGGGCACUUCCUCUUGGCUUUGUCCGAGCAAACAGUGAUUAGAGGCAAAUCCUCUGAGGACCGACACAAAUUGUCUGUCUCGAUUGUCAUCUGGAGGACUAUUUUAGCACCUGAAGGAAUGAUCUUGGUGGCUGCCCUGCAGAUGCCUCACUCGGCCGCCGGUGACCAAGCUGCGGUGAGACAGAUGUUGAGGGAGGUGCUGGUGGGUCGAGAAGAUCCGGAGGGCUUCUUUGCGAUGUGUGUGUCCGUCCUGGGGCACCAAGAGACUCGCUCACAGUUUCUGUCCAUCAUCAAGCCACUGGCCACGGCCAACAUCCGGCUGCACUCUGUCCUCAGUUCCAUCUACCAGGAAUAUUUCUCAAAGACGGAGGAUGAUGAGCUGGAGCUUGCUCUGGCUCUCUCGCUUCUGGAAAUGAAGGAUCAACAGAUAUCAACCCCUAACCAAUUGCCCCUGCACCCUGGAGUCGGCGGCAAUGCAAGCAGCGUUCUAUGCAAUUCAAACGCAAAGUCUCAGGGAAAUAGUUGCACCCAACAAGAAGAUGUACCUGGCAGAGAAAAGAGUGCCUUUGUGGCGCAGUCAAUGUCYGGUAGUAAGGAAAACUCCAGAGAGAACCAAACUUAUAAAAGUACACAUGUUGAAGGUGUUGAUAACAAAUCACUUGGAACAAGCCAGGCUCUUUAUGUUCCAGAUUCCUCUACCUYGGUUUCUAUUCCAAACACAGCAUCCAUAAGUGGCCAAGUUAUGAAGGAGCAAGAUUUUAAUCUAUCAAAGAAACCGAGACGUUCUAAAAAUAGGCGGCAACGGCGAAAAGCAGCUGCCCAGCAGAUUGUAGGUUUAACCCAUUCUCCAUCAGCGMCACCACCUGUUUUACUUUGGUUCAGGAGAGACCUUAGACUCUGUGAUAACCCUGCUCUUAUCAGAUGUCUUGAGCUGGGUGCACCUGUCAUUCCUGUCUUUAUUUGGAGUCCUGAGGAGGAGGAGGGUCUAGGGGUCACCGUUGCUAUGGGGGGAGCUUGUAAAUACUGGCUUCAUCAGGCUUUGUCUCGCUUUUGUGCAUCCCUGGAGCGGAUUGGCAGUCAUCUCGUCUUUCUCCAAGCCAAUGGAGACGGGAACAAAGAUGGAUCUUCUCUGCAUACGCUGAAAACAUUAGUAAAGGAGACCGGGGCGCAAACUGUGAUAGCUAAUGCUUUGUACGAACCGUGGCUGAAGGAGAGGGAUGAUGUGGUCUUCUCAGCCCUGCACAAARAAGGCGUUGAAUGUAAAAUGUUCCACUCGUACUGUCUCAGAGAUCCGUUUUCUGUCAGCACAGAGGGUGUGGGGCUCAGAGGCAUAGGUUCAGUGUCUCAUUUCAURAACUGCUGCAGACAAAACCCAGGAGCUUCUAUAGGUGUUCCUCUGGACCCACCAGUCUCUCUUCCUUCUCCUACCUGCUGGCCACAAGGCGUCCCAUUGGAUAUGCUUGGCCUCGCAMGCAUGCCACGCAGGAAGGACGGCACGAUUAUUGACUGGGCAGAAAACAUUCGCAAGUCCUGGGACUUUAGUGAAGAUGGUGCACAUGCCCGACUGGAAGCCUUUCUUCAUGAUGGUGUGUAUAGAUAUGAAAAAGAGUCAGGCAGAGCAGAUGCUCCGAACACCAGCUGUCUGUCUCCYUACCUGCACUUCGGUCAGCUCAGUCCACGCUGGCUUCUAUGGGAUGCCAAAGGAGCCAAGUGUCGACCCCCAAAGUUCCAACGGAAGCUGGCCUGGAGGGAUUUGGCUUACUGGCAGCUAACUCUCUUUCCUGAUCUACCCUGGGAAUCACUCAGACCUCCAUACAAGGCUUUACGUUGGAGCACUGAUUGCCGCCACCUAAAGGCUUGGCAGAAAGGUCAAACCGGCUACCCUCUGGUUGACGCAGCCAUGAGGCAGCUGUGGCUGACAGGCUGGAUGAACAACUACAUGCGACACGUAGUGGCAUCUUUUCUCAUUGCGUAUCUCCAUCUGCCUUGGCAAGAGGGCUAUCGCUGGUUCCAGGACACCCUCGUGGAUGCAGAUGUUGCCAUUGAUGCUAUGAUGUGGCAGAACGGUGGUAUGUGUGGCCUGGAUCACUGGAACUUCGUGAUGCAUCCAGUUGAUGCAGCAAUGACCUGUGACCCGUACGGCAGCUAUGUCAGGAAAUGGUGUCCUGAGCUUGCAGAUUUACCAGACGAGCUCAUACACAAACCCUGGAAGUGUCCUGCAUCCAUGCUGCGGCGAGCAGGUGUGGUGUUUGGCCAGACRUAUCCUGAAAGAAUAGUUACUAAUCUAGAGGAGCAGAGGAGCAAAUCUCUACAAGAUGUGGCUCUGGUGCGCAAGCAGUUUCAACAGUAUGUUGACAAGCGCUCAGGCUGUGAUUUGGUGCCUUUGCCCAAACGCCUUGUGUCUGAGGCUCUAGGUUUGUCUCACUGGGACGGGGCUGUGRUGACAGAGGGGGAACAGUUCCUGCUGCCUGUCAUCACCCGCAUGGAAUUCAAACACCAGCUGGAAGACCCGGACGCAGAUGCUGCCUCAAACCCUUACAACGCUGUCCUGAAGGGAUACGUGAGCCGCAAGAGGGACGAGACCAUAGCGUUCCUAAAUGAGACAGACUUUACAGCUAGUGUGAUGUACGAGGGAGCACAGAGACAGGAGAGACUAGAGAGGGAUUACCGCAGAAUGGAGGGGCUCCCUCCACUGGUGUCUCCUAUGAAGCAGUAA